AUGACAGAGGACAAUUAUCGGCCUCGCUCUCCUGAUCUUUCUCUUCCUCCUCCCCAACACGUGCUUGCGAAUCCAAUUACUUCUCACACAUCACCUUUCUUCAACUCAUACCAACCAUAUCAACUCCCCAAUCCAAGUCGCGUGUCUCAGCAGUACGUUCCACCAUAUCAACCAGACUUGGACAUGGCUCGUCGUUCAAGUCGUCUUGCUCAGUCCGACCACGCCCCGAUCCCAGAACCUCUGCCAGAAGCAAUUCAACCGAUGCCUGAAGUACUCCAACCAAUUCCAGAGCCUAUCACAAUGGCGCCAGUCCCCGCUCCUGCGCCGGAGAUGGAGGAAGAGAUGCCGUCAGCGCCCCCAAGUGCGGGGAUUGAAGUGAAGACCAAGUUUCCUGUAGCGCGCAUCAAGCGCAUCAUGCAGGCUGAUGAGGAUGUUGGCAAGGUUGCUCAAGUAACACCGAUCGCUGUGUCCAAGGCUCUUGAACUCUUCAUGAUCUCUCUUGUCACCAAGGCAGCACAAGAAGCAAAGGAUCGCAACUCAAAGCGCGUCACCGCCUCGCAUCUCAAACAGGCUGUCGCCAAGGAUGAAGUGCUUGACUUCUUGGCAGACAUCAUCUCUAAGGUCCCUGAUCAACCGGCUAGCCGGAAACAUGAAGAUGACGGGAGCGAUCAGAAUGAAGGUCGCCGUAAGCGUGGCGGACGGCGACCAAAGGAUGAGAGUGAUUAA